CACGGCUGCCAUCUCCGUCGGCCCUGAGAGCUUACAGAGCGGCAACAUCCGAUGCCUGAGCAUCGCUGCCCCGCCCAAAGUCCAGGAUGCCCGUAUCGUCUCCAGUCCAGAGGACGAGAACCUGGAAACAUUGACAAAUCUUCCAGCCAAUAACUCGGCUGACUGCUCGACCUAGCGUCCACACAGGGGCGCCUACCCUGGGCCACACCUCUAUCGACUCUCCCCCUCGACACUAUAACGGACAAAUCGCCGCCCUAACUGGCUUCAGACCUUCCUCAUGGGCAUUGGUGUCUUCUGCGCCGAUCCCAGCCAUCAUGGAAAGUAUAUGGAGGCUUGUCACGUAUUGGCUUUCGUGGAGGCUUGGCGCUGCGUGCAUUCCAGUAAACCGGCUUGCUCGGGGACAAUCCGAGGAGGCAACUAUCCCGAAAGAGAAAGAAGGACCUUGCCGCAAAGAAUCACCUAGUUGCUCUAUCAUUCGCUUGUUCGGAACAGUUCAUCCCGCCUCGGACUCGAAACUGCGCUGUUGUAGUAGGAUAAUUGAUAAACGACGUGAAGCAGCAAUUGCCGGACAUCAUCACGACGACGAAAAUGGCAAGACUGCCCAGAUGAGUUCGCGGACCUAUACUACCCUCCAAUGUUCGAUAAGAAGAUUUUGUAGUACCCCUCUUUCGGUUCCUCUGAUACUGUCAAGUUGUAUCUGACCAACGUCUGUGCAUUGAGCAACUCUGAAGGUGACUUGUGUGUUUUGCACCUAUUAGUACGAGGCUGGCUCAAGCCAUGUGGUCCGUCGCGAUUCAAUCACAAGACCGACUUCUCGUCCUGCUAGCCACGUGCUUACUACAAGUCCAGGUGUUAAGCUUGACAGCUAGCGAAGUCGUGUGACAGUGCCGGCAACGUGAUAUUGG